CAUACAUUCCAAGUGGUUGGUCUUCAGCAUUCCACUUGUCCUUUUCUCUGCUGCUAUGUUGAAACUUUGCACCAGAAUUGCUGACCACGAAAACGUGAUGACCAGAAGCAUCUCAAAAUCAAAAUCUGAUCAAUUUGGUUUCUGCGAAGAAAUGUCGAACUUUCGGAAUAGAUCUGUAUAAAAAGUCCCCUUUUGUAAUCUCCUCCUUGUAAGAUAAUCGGAAAGGAAGGGCUCAGCCAACAUAGACAUGGGCAACUGCAGCAGCUUCAGUCUUCCAAAAUGGAUAUUCGGUGAUCUGCUCAGCAAUGGCAUGGUUUCCAUUGAAGAGGAUGGAACUCAUGACGGCAUAAAGACGAUCCGGAUUCAGAAAGCCUGUGAGUUCACAGCCAGCUCUGUGCUCUGUGUCUGCAUUAUCACAUGGAACAUGAACGGCAAGAUGUCUGUGCAGGACAUAAGAAAGCUGGUGAGCUCCACCAGGAAGUUCGACUUGCUGGUUGUUGGGCUGCAAGAAGUCCCGAAAUGCGGCGUCGAACAGGUUCUGCAAGAAGCCAUGGCUGAUACACACAUCUUGUUAUGCCAGAAAGCCAUGCAGUCUAUUCAGAUGUUUCUUUUCGGGGCAAAGAGUUCGGAAGCGUACAUCAAAGAAAUGAAGGUGGAUAAACAUGCGGUUGGAGGCUGCGGUGGCGUAAUUGGGAGGAAGAAAGGAGCUGUGGCCAUGUACAUAAAUUUCAGUGGCAUCCGGAUGGUGUUUGUGUCCUGCCAUCUUGCAGCUCAUGAACACAAGGUGGAGAAGAGGAACUCUGAAUGCCGGCAUAUUUCGCACUCGCUGUUCUCCAAGAAUGACAUACAUUAUGCCAAAUCUGCCGACAUAACAGUGUGGCUCGGUGACUUGAAUUACAGAUUAGAAGGAAUAAGCUCGAUGCCAGCAAGGAAGAUGAUCGAGGAGAAUCGCCAAAGUAAGCUAAGAGACAGAGACCAGCUGCUGCAAGAAGCCGAGAAGGGUCAAGUGUUCAAUGGGUACUGCGAAGGGACCUUGUCUUUUAAGCCGACAUACAAAUAUAAUGUCGGAAGUAGCAACUACGACUCAAGUUACAAGAUCAGAGUGCCAUCUUGGACAGAUAGGAUAUUGUUCAAGGUUGACCAUUCUUCUGGCUUGGAUGCGGUCUUAAGUUCAUAUGAAGCACUUGAUUGUGUUAGCAGCUCUGAUCACAAGCCUGUGAAAGCUCAUCUCUGUCUGAAAGUACGUGGUGGCAAUACAUAGAUUUAUGUUACAAUUGACAAUCACAAGUAUAUUUAGGUGACUUAUUUUUUUGUAACAACAAUUGUAAAGGCAAAUAGCACAGAUCAUUAUCUGUCCUCUUAAAAUGAUUUCGCUAGAUGUAAUUUGGUAAAGUCAAAAUGUCAACCGUGUAUUCAUGUUGUUGUGUACCUCUCAUGAUGUUAUAUGGUGACGCGGUUUUUUCGAACCGGUAGGCAGGUGUUCUACAAACAA